CUUAGGAAACGGUUGAAGAACAUGUCUUCUUCUACCGAACUUGUAAUAAUUCUCAUCACUUUGGCCUUUUUAUCCCUUAUCCUUAACAUCAAUGCUCAGACUGAUUGUAGUGAAUCUAGUGAUGAAUUCUUUGACUUGGCCAGUGCAAGAAACAUCACAAAGUGCAAGAAAUUGACAACAUUAGGAGCUGAAUUUGGCUGGAAAUACAACGUCGACAACCACACCAAACGGUUGCAGCUUGACAUAAUUCUCGGUGCAAGCCUGCAAAAUGCAAUGGGAUGGCUGGCUUGGGGUGUCAAUCCAGGACAGAGGCCACAGAUGGUUGGAACCAGAGCUAUCAUAGGCAUUAGAUACCUCAAUGGAACCUCAGUAAUCAAAACCUAUAACAUCACACAAUAUACCAAGAUUGGUUGCCCACUCCUGCCUUCAGAGAUCAGCGAUGUAAACGUUUCAAAUACACAAGUAAAUUACUCAGCAACAACAAGGUACAUGACUAUACAUGCCUCACUAAUUCUUCCUCAGAAGGACUACACAGUUUCAAAGUUGAACCAUGUUUGGCAAGUUGGGCACUCUGCCAAUGAUGUGCAGCCAUUGAUGCAUGCCACAACUCUUCAGAAUGUAGAUAGCACUGAGACUUUAGACUUGGAUACUGGGACUUGUGUUAACAUUGGACAUCGCCGUCGCCACCUUAGAACGGUGCAUGGAAUUCUGAACAUUUUGGGGUGGGGAAUACUCUUACCCAUCGGUGUGAUUAUCGCUAGGUACUUCAGGGUGCAUCCAUUUCCAUUUGACCAGAAGAAAAAGAACUUGUGGUUCUAUCUUCAUGUCUCCUUUCAGAGUGUUGGUUAUGUUCUAGGCACCAUUGGCUGGGGCAUUGGUUUAUGGCUUGGACACGCUUCAAAAUACUACACCUUUCGCACUCACCGGAUUCUUGCUAUAUUCAUAUUUACAUUUGCUACAUUACAAAUGUUAGCCUUUCGUUUAAAGCCAAAAGACACCGACGAUUACCGCAAGCAUUGGAACAUGUACCAUCAUUUUCUUGGCUAUGCACUGCUGGCUACGAUUUCUGUGAACAUAUUUCAAGGGAUUGCAAUUUUAAAGCCGGUUUACACUUGGAAAUGGGCUUACGUAGCGAUUCUAGGAGCCUUUGGAGUCGUUACAAUUGCGUUUGAGAUUUACACAUGGAUAAAAUUCAGAAAUGACAUUAAAGAUAAAGAAAAAAAGAAUCAAAAUGACAUUAAAGAUAAAGAAAAAAAGAAUCAAACCACGAAUCAAGAAGGAAAACCAAGUGCAAGUACUACCGAAACCAAAGCACCCUAAGAAGCUUAGGAUGAGAGACGAACAAGACCGAACCAUCUGAGACUCCAAAAUAAAACAACACACGUGAACAUUGUUGGAGGAUUUUCUAUCUUUUGGUCUUCCCUUUUGUUGUAUUUUUAAGAUUCCAUUGGAAAUUUGUGCGUACUUUGUUCAGAGUGUAGCAAUAAACGCACUAAUA